GGGACUCUACACGCGUUCGGAAUUCUCAGAAAACCGUUUGCGGUUGGCGCAAGAUACCCAAGCUAUCGUUCUUCUUGGUGUUUUGUGUUCUUGUAUCCUAUCCUGUUCUAUCCUACUAUAACUUGCGGGAAGCGAACGAAAAAGAGCAGCGUACAACGCAAACGAAGCAAUCGAAACAAGGAGUUGUACGGUGCACGAGACGUGAUCCAAUGUCUUUCUCGCUACCAACAACGUUCCAUGCCGUUCCACACGCUGGUCCCCAGUCCUUUAUUAGAAACCACACGGCAAGCACACCGCCUCCUUCCGAAGAUAUGCAAACUCUCGAAGAAGAGUACUCGUCGGUUCCGGGAGCAUCCGUGAGCAGCCACAGCAGUCCGGGAUCGACUGCGGACCUCAAAGGCACCGCAUUGCCGGAUCCGGCGUUGGUGAUCUUUCCCACACCGCCGUCCCACGUACCGGUGCACCGCCAGUACCAUCACCACCACAGUAACAACAAUGCGUCUACGAGUGCGGGGACGUCGUCGUCCGAUUCCUUGUCGUGGCAUCCGUCCGUCCCGAGCGUUCCUUUCGUGGUGUCCGCACAGCACCACCCGACACCCGGGGCCGCGCUACCCACGGCGUCGGCCCCGCCGCUCCCUUCCGGCACGGCACUCACAGUCCAGAAGGAACCCACCAACCGGAAUCGUCGGCAAAAACGUCUCGAACGCAACCGCGAAUCGGCGCGGUUGAGUCGACGUCGCCGCAAGCACUAUUUGGAAGUCCUGGAAGAAAAGGUCACGCAGCUUUCGCACGCCAUGGAUCGGGGCCGCCGUGCACACGUGGCUCAGGCCAACCGUAUACGGCAAAGCGAACGUCACGAGAUCGUGCAAAGUGGGAACGUAAAGCACGUGGUCCGGUUGGAAACGGCACUGUCGCGGACAUCGCGGGAAAACUCCGUGACCCAGACCUUUCGUUGGCAACAACUCAAGAGUUUGUGUUUGCCACCGUCCACCAAGUUUGUUCUCUGGCUGACCUUGCAGAAUGAUGUCUACUUUCGAGGAGGACGCGCCGCCAGUGAGAGACUUUCGGCGGCACGCAUUGGAGAACGGAUGCUCCACAGCGGAAACGACAAGGUCUCUCCAUCCCAAGCCAUGUGGCCCUUGCUGUGCAACGAAGUCGGACUCUCGUACGAUCAGGAGGAAAAGGUCCGCGCGUUCCAGCGCACCACCUUGCAAGACCCACAAUCCUGGUUGAACCGUCACGUGGCCUACGCGUCGGACAAGACCAUGGAAUCCGUGCACGAUGCCGCCCAGGCACUGGCGCUUCGGCUAGGACAACGCGAAAAGGCGACGAUGGAUGUCCUGACGCCGGAACAACGGAUCAAAUUUCUCGCUUGGUCACAGCGGAAUCGCGACCGCGUCGCCAACGCAGUGGCGACCAACCCACGAUCGAUCCCGUCGCACAGCCCGUACCAAAUUUCUCCAUUGCAACACGUGGCUGCGAACCUUUACGUCUUGAACCACAAGAUGCAGACUGUUCUCGAGACUAUCCCUCGCGCGGCUCCGCUGGUCACGGGCCUCUCGCUCAAGAAGCUUUCUAUCCGCCCGCUCUUUGAAUCGCUCGGAUGCGUCGAAGAACGUGUCAAGGGACUUUGUCGCGACGGCUCGUUCGCGUCCUCCGGAUCUCUGAAACGUGCCGCGUCCGAAAUGAGUAUUGACGACGAAGAACGCGUAGCCAUUCCCGCCCUCAGCCCAGAAGACGCCGAAAACACCUGCCGUCCGGUGGUGGACGAGGCGCUCGGACACGUUGCGGACAUCAUUCCGCCUCCGCCCGUUCCGUUGCCGGCACCGACGCCCGUCUCCUCCAUGACGGCAUCUCUUUACUACGCACCUCCGCACGCCGUAGCAUCCAUGCCGACGGUUUACUCGGCCCCCGACAUGGGCGGCAACAAUGGCAAGCACGCCCGGAAAUCGUCUUUUCUACCGGCCAAUCUCAACGUGGUACCGGAAGAGUUGUGGCCGGCCGAUGCGGUGGCGGACGAUUUCCUCAUGAAUUUGGUCGACGGGGACUGGGCCAUCGGUGAAGGUGUCGAAUUUUAAAGUCGAGAGACGGGUCCAACUGCGGCCUCGGGGGCGAUGCUGCGUUCCGUAUUACAUUAGAUAGAGAAACAGGGGAGAGGCGGAUGGCGAGAAAAACCUACUUUUUCAUGCACACGACAUAUUGCGUUUAUACCUCGAAGAAACAAUCCCAGUGACUAUCACUGAUAAGUACACGAGAGUGGCACGCCUUUCGUCCAUCCAAGCAACUCCACAAAAGGUGGUAGGCUUGGAGCCGGGACGGACGAGGCUGUGCCGAGACUCGAACGUCGCGGGAUUUGGAUACUGAAAAAACCUCAACUGAAAUAGAAUACAUUUGAUUUCGUUCA